GUCACAUGACGCUUUUUCCAAUAAUCGCACACCAGGUCUCAGUGCAGUCUGCUCUUGCUGUGUGUGUGUGCAUCAGGGAGGGAGAGCGCCGCUAGAGACCAAAGACUGAGAGGCCAUGGCCAACUACAAACCCCUUACUGCCGUCAUUGAGACGGUGCAGCAGAGUCAGGCCGAGACUAACGCUGCUGCCUCCUACAACAAGAUCCACAUUGAAGCAGAGGAGAUCCGACAAAGACCAUUCAGUUUCAAAGAGUUCUACCGAAACAAGCAAAUCUCAGAGAAUGCCUACAGCUUUGGGGAGAAGUAUCUCCAGUCCACCAGAGAUGAGAAGAGAUACUACGUCAAGAAAUACCCAUAUCAUUGUGUGGAGCUGUUUGCCAGUAUGGUUGAGAAAGUUCACUCAGUGGAGCCACUGCAGUACGUCCUCACUCUCCUGGCCGAUCUCACCGACGACGAGAAGAACGUCACUCUCAUAGUCAAAACCACUGACGGUGACCAGUUGUACCGCCCACUGUUGAGUGUGUUCCACAAGAAUGACAAGUACAGCAAACACCAGGCGUCUCUGGUGAUAGCUAGACUGUGGUCUCACACAUCGGAGAGGAUACCAGCAGAUAAUGUCAACCAGUAUCUCGGCUGGACUGUCGCUCAGCUCAGCAGAAACCCGGACUACCUGCUGUGUGUGACGAAAGCUCUGAUGACAUUCCUCAGGAAGGAGAGCUAUCGCAUGGCCUUCAUCUCUGCCAAUGGAAUCAAACCGAUUGUGGAUCUGCUGGAUCGAAGGAUCACCUUCCAACUGCAGUACCAACUGGUGUUCUGUGUCUGGAUGCUCUCCUUCCAGAGUGAUGUCGUCGAGAAGAUGAAAGAGUACCCCAUGGCAGCUGUCCUGUGUGAUGUACUGAGGGCCACUAACAGGGAAAAGGUCCAGAGAGUCAUCUUUGCUACCUUUAGGAACCUGUUGGAGAAGCCCAGGCAGUCUGUGGCAGAGCAGUUUGCUGCUGAGAUGAUUCACUUCAAGGCCGUCCCUGUCAGUAACCUCUCUAUUUACCUCCUACAGAUGAUCUUAUGAGCCACUGCAUGUGGUAUGCUGUCAUUUUUAUCCACUGUGUAGGUAUUAAACAUCCUUGUGCAGCAGACAAAAGACGAUGUUGAAUUACAAGUUAGUCACUUCCUCACUAACGCAAUUGCCUAAUUUAUGGUGACAAUGUGUAAUUGAGUCUUGUGAUCCCCCCCACUCUGCUGUAGGAAGACAUUGUUUUCCUUCAUGAGAGAUUGAAUGCCAGCCUCCAGGACCUGAGCUCGUGGGAUGAGUAUGCAGCAGAGGUGAAGAGUGGUCGACUGGAAUGGAGCCCUGUGCAUCGCUCUGACAAGUUCUGGAGAGAGAAUGUGAUGAAACUAAAUGAAAACAACCACGAGAUCCUCAAGACCUUGGUGCUCAUUCUCCAAGAGUCUCAGAGUGCAGUGGCCAUUGCAGUGGCAGCCCACGACCUGGGGGAGUACGUCCGCUACUACCCACGGGGCAAGAGGAACCUGGACGCACUGGGAGCCAAGGAGAUGGUGAUGGGGAUGGUGAGUCAUGGGAAUGCCGAUGUCAGGAUGCAGGCACUCCUCGCCAUACAGAAGAUGAUGGUCCAGAACUGGGAGUAUUUAGGUCGGCAAUUGACGGAGGAUGCAGGCUCCACACCAAAGACAGUGGAACUUCGCUGAACACGUGUCAAUACCAUUCAUUCUUUGUCGUUUGUGUAGAGUUUAGUACUGCAGUGUUUGUACAUGUAUAA